AUGUAGAGAUCAUAUUAAGAGUAGGUUAAUUAGAAGGAUUAUUAACAUAAACUUUAUUUCAAAAAUGGUUAUCCUUAAAAUUAAUAAUUCAAAAGAGAUCCAAAAUAAUUACUAAGAGGAUUAGUAAGAUAUUAUAAAAUAUAUUUAGAUUCUUAAAACAUGUAUUCUACACUUUUUAGAUUGGUUGAAAUAAGGUUUUAAUUUAUGGUUGUUUGUAGUGAUAAUUUUAUCAGCUAGUUUCAAUGCAGGACAAUAACUUUUAAUUUGUAUAAUAUAAUUAGCUGGUAAUUUAUUUAUGUCUUCUUAUAAACUUUAUCAGUAGAUUUGUAAAGCAUUAAAAUAAGUGAAUGAAUAUUAUGAUUAAACAGUAUAUGUAAUAGGUUGGGAUCCAAAAUGUCAUAUUAGUAAAUGUCCUAAACGCGAUGUAAUUGUAGGAAAUUUAGUGUUUCUCAAAAGACAUUAACCUAGUCCUAUGAGUAUUUUAAUUUUAAACUCUUAAGAGGAGAAAUUUAUGGUUUAAACAUCAGAAAAAGAAGGAAUGACUCAUAUGACUUAAAAAUAAUCAAUUAAAUUAACAUCAACAUCUGAUCAAUAAAAAAACUAAACUCUUAUUUAUUAUAAGAGAAUUUUAACAGGUAAAAUUGAAUUUGAUUAUUUGGAUACAAAUGAUAAUAUGUUUAGAGGAUUUAUAAAAUUAUAAAAAGAUCCAAAAGGUGAAUAUUUAGAUUAUAAAAAUAUUGUUAAUUAAAGUAGUAUGAUAAUUAAUACUGAUUGGGUUGUAGGAAUAGUAAUAAGUCAUGAUGAUGAAGAUGUAAUUAAAAUGUGGCAUAAUUGUUUUAAAAAAUCUACUACACAUUUUGAUAGAUACUAAAUGAAAUUUUCAUUAAUAUUUUCACUCUUGUAUUUCAUAUAAUUGGCAUUCUGCAUAACAAUAAUAGUGAGAUUUUAAAGUUAACCAGCUGAUUUAAGUAUUUACAAUACAAUUUGUAGAAUAUUUUAAAGUAUAACCUUUGCUCAUCCUUGUUUUAUAACUGGUUUAUGUGAAGUUACAUUUUAAUUCUUUAACAACAUCUUUGAAAAGAAUAAGAAUAUUGUAGUAUCUCAUUCUUCUGAACUCUUAACAUUGACUAAAAUAGAUCAUUGUAUUUAUGAUAAAACUGGUACACUUACAAAUACUAAUACAGUUCUCUGUGGAGUAAUAUGUGGAGUAUGUUUUUAUAAUUUAAUCAAUGGAGAUGGAAUAAGAAAUUCUACUAAAGUAUAUAGAAAAUUAAUGACUAUUUAACAUGUUCAUAACAAUAUGUAAGAAAUAUUAGAAGAGGAAGAAGAAAAAGAAGAUAAUAAUUUUGGAAUUGCAUCUUUAUAAAGAAGUGAAAGAUUCAUUUAAAAUCCAGCAAGUCAUUAAUCUGUUAAAAGUAGACUUUAAUCAUAACUUGAUGAUGACGUCAUUAGUUUUAAUUAAGAUGAUGCUGUCUUUAAUGAAGUAGAACCUGAAAGUAGAAAUAUGAUCUUUCAUUUUAAUCCUCAUUUUAUCAGAUAAAAUGAAGUUAUUAAACCUACAAAAGCUUAGAGUAUUGAUGAAGAUUCCUCAUCAUCACCACGUGAAAAAGUAGUUUUAAAUAGAAAUAAUAGAAGAACAUAAAAUAAUAAUAGUAGAUUAGUUCCAAAAUCAAGAAAAGAACUUAGAAUUGUAGAAAAAAAUUUAGAUUAAACUUAAGAUCCUGCUAUGUUAUCUCCUUCUCCAAUUUAAUCUUCAAAAGAUCUUAGAAAAGAAAAUAAACUUGUCGAAUCACAAGUUAAUGAAGAUGAAUUAUUAUAAUAGUAAUUUUCAGAAAGUGAUAAUGAUGAUAGAGAAGAAGAGGCAAGAAGAGAUUUAUAAGACAUAAUUAAAUCUGGUGAUAAAUAAGCAGAUAAUUUUAUGAGAUCUCUAAUAUUAUGUUAAGAUGUUAAAACUAAAUAUUCUAAACCAUAAAAUAAACCUAAUAGAGAUAAAAAUAAUACUAAUUUAGGAAUGUCUGGACUUAUGAAUGAACAUCCAAGUAUGAAUCCACAAAAUUUCUUAAAUGAAAAUACUGAAGAAUAUUAAGAAUCCAUUAUUAAAUUUGCUAAAUAAUAUUAAUUUGAAUUCAAUUGUGCUGGAUUAUUAAAUAAAAAGAUUUGUUAUGAAAUUAGUGCUAAAGGAUUAAGCGAAAGAUAUUUAGUUUCUAAAAAAGUUAAUGACAAUGAAAAUUUUGCUAUUUUUAUGAAACCAAUUUAAUAAAGAAUUAGAUAAUAAGCAAAUCAAUAUGAUAGAUAAGGAACAGAAAAAGGAUAAAAAGGAGGUUUACUUAAAUUAUAUGUAAAAAGUGAAAAUUUAUCUUUACUUGAUAAAUGUAAAUUAUCUUAAAAAAAAAAAGUUAAUUUAGAAAAAUAAAUUACUCAUUUAGCUUAAUCAGGUUAUAGAUUUAUUGUUUAUGCAGGUAAAGAAAUUCCUGAAGAAGCAAUCAAAAAUAAAAAUAAAUAUUAAGAUGCAAAUUUUGAUACUAUGGAAAUGUCUCAACAUGAUAAAGAAUUAAUUAAAGAUUUAGAUUAUUAUGGUUUGAUUUGUUUAAAAGAAGAUUAAAAUCCAGGAGCUUAUGCUUAAGUUAGAACUUUUAAAAAUUUAGGUAUAUCAUAAUGGAUAUUGAGUGGAGAUAAAAAAAUGUAAACUGUAUCUGCAGCUAAUCAUGUUGGAAUUGUUAAUAAUAAUAAUACUCUAUUAAGAAUUGAUGAAGUGGAUGAAGAAAAAUUAAAAUUAUAAAUAAAAUCUUAAUUGUUAUUUAUAAGAAAAUAACUAUUAAAGGAAGAUGAAAAUCAAUAAAAUGAAUCCUCUAAAAACUUUGCCUCUUAAAAAUCAACUUCUGAAAUAAAAAAGAGUGGAAUAUAAAAGAAAACAACAUUUGAUGAAAAUAUGAUAUUGAAAUCAAAGAAGGGAGAAGAACCUUUAUAAAAAGUUUACUUAUUAGUUAAUGGAAAAUCCAUAAAACCACUUUUUAGUGAUGAUUAUACUAAAAGUCAUUUUUUAUUUAUAGCUUUAAUUUUAAAGACUGUGAUUGCAUAUGAUUGCUCUCCAGCAGAUAAAGAAUUAAUAACAAAAGCUGUCACUAAAAUCUUGGAACCUAGUAGUACACUUUUAACGAUUUCAGAUUCAGUUGAUGAUUUUAAUAUGAAUUCUCAUGCAAAUGCUACUAUUUAAUUUUCAAAGGAAAAAAGAUCAUUAAAAAUAGCAUAUCAAAAUAUUUAAGUUAAUGAUCUGUAACACAUUAAGUAAUUAGUUCUAUAUUUUGCAAAAAUAUUACCUAUGCAUUUAAGUUAAUUAACUGUUAUGUGUACUAAAAUAAGUCUUUACUAAUUAAUAAUUUUGACGCUCUUCGUUUGUGUUAGAAAAACACUCUAUAUUGAAGAACAUGUUGUCUAUUUAUUAGCUGUAUAGAUUCAUAUAAUAAUUAAUGGACUUUUACCAACCUUUGAAGACAGAUCUAGUCAUGAAUAAAUUGAAUUGAUGUUACCAUAACUUUAACCUUAGACUUACAAAUGUUUCAAAUCAAACUUUAGAUGGUUAUAAGAAUUAUUUUAUGAAGUAUUAAUUUCUGCAGGAAUUACUGGACUUUUAAAUACAUACAUAUUUGCAGAAUUCAUGAUGUUUUUUACUUCAGAUUCCAAUAAUUUAGCUAAUUUAAUGUUUUUGUUUCAACUUUUCAGUGUUUUUGCUUUUGGCACAUCUUAAAUGAUACAUCUUAAUGUUACAUUUGGUAAAAUUAUAUGGAACUUUAUGAUUACUCUUAUACUAUUAACUAUUUCAUUUGCAAUUGUUGUAUAAGCUGAUUUAAGAGUGUAAAUAAUUAAAAAUAUAUUUAAAUGGUAAUUUAUAAUAGGAAUAAUAACUGGAAUUAUUAUAAUAAUUACAAUAGAUUAAAUAGUGAAGUAAACAAGAGAUAUGAUGUUUACUCCAAGAAUAAUAUUAAAUUUUGUUAAAUAUGUAGAAAAAUAAUUAAAAAAUUAAGGUGGUAAACUAAUUUAAGAAUCUCUAAAACAAUUUCCAAUGAAUAAUCAUAUAAAAAUAAAUAGAUAGUUUUUCAGAAAAAUUAAAAAAGUUUUUGAAAAUGUUUCAAUUGAUCCAUUUAUUCGUUCUUUAUUUGAAAGUGAAAAAACUUAAUCUUUUAAUGGAGAAUAUUCAAAGUUUUCUUUAGUUUUUAAAAAUAAUAAUUAUGAAAAAUAAUUUAGAAAAUUCAAAGUUUAAUAUUAUUAUUAAUAAAGAAGAGAAGUAGUAUUAAUACUAUUUAUUGUAUUAAGAGUAAGUAGUAUAAUAGCAUGGUCUCCGUUCUUAACUGAUUAUGAUACAACUUUAAAUAUUCUAUGGGCAAUUGUUAUGAUAAUGUGGGUUUUGAUAGUACUCAUUACUAAAUUAGUAGAGAAGAAGUAGAUUGAUUAAAAAACAUUUUAAAUUAAAUGGGGAACUAUUGAAGCAUACUUUUUUAUUCCUGUAAUUUUAAUUUUAGAUCAUUUUUUGAGUGUAACUCUUCCUGAAGAUAAAAGUUAGUAUUAUUUUAGUACUUUUGGAUAAUUACUUUAUUAAUAAUUUUUAGCAUGGGAUAUCUUUCCCCCUCCAUUAUAUUAUCCAAAUACUUUAACUUUAAUCUUUUUUGUUAAUUAUACUAUUAGAGUUGGCCAAUUUUAUAAUAUUUAAGUUAAUUCUGAUUCUGAAACUUCUACUUUCAGAGUAGAAUUUAUAACAUUAUAUGUUCUGUUAUUCUUCUUAAAUUUACUAUCAAAUUAUACUCAUUAUAAUGUAUAAUAAAUUUAUUAUAAUAUUUUAGUUUUAACGAUUCUAGAGAUUAGUAUUUUUAUUUGAUUAAGCUUUGUAAACUUAAUAAGAAUAAACUAAUUAAAUUUUAAAAUCCCUUCUACCAGCAUUCAUAUAUGAAAAAAUAGAAUAAGCAGAUGAAACCUAAAUAGAAGAAAAUUAAGGAUCAGUCUCGAUUAUUUUUUUAGAGAUUUGUGAAUUUGAUAAAAUUUUACAAUCUAAACAAAGAUAAGUUGUUUCAUUUCUCGAUGAUAUUUUUAGAGUUUUAGAUAAAAUCUGUUUAUAAUAUGGUGUUUAGAAAAUAGAAACAGUUGGUAAAACUUAUAUGGCAUGUUCUGGUUUGAAAUCUACAGAAAUAGAAAACAAUAAAGAUGGAUUAAAUUAAUAAAAGAAAAAUGAGACUGUAAUAGCAAUAGAAUUAUCUCUCGAUUUUUUAAAAGCAAUAUCUGAAUUUAGAUAUGAAUACAAAGAAUAAGAAAUAGUUAAAUUAUAUAAAUUAAAAAUAAAGAUAGGAAUUCAUUAUGGUUAAGUAUUUGCAGGAGUAAUUGGUUAUCAUAAACCAUAAUUUUCAUUAAUUGGUGAUACAGUUAAUACAGCUUCUAGAAUGUGUUCAACUGGAGAUGUUGGAAGAAUUACAAUAUCAUCAGAAGCUUAUGAAAGAGUAAAAGAUUCUGAAUUUCUAUUUAUUUCUAGAGAAGUUGAAGCAAAAGGUAAAGGUCAUUUAAUUGUUCAUUAAGUAAGUAAAAGAAAAUUAUAUGUAAAAAAACAUUAAUCAUAAGUUAGAUUUUAUGAUGGUUAAAAAAAUGGAAGAUAAUUAACUUUCAAAACUCAUAAAACUAAUAAUUUUAAUAUUAGAUCAACUUAAUUAAAAUAAACUUAUAAAGAUUUUUCACCAUCUUAAUCUCUUAAUUAAAAUGAACAUCCAACUACUAAAGAAUAUGGCAGAAGAUCAAAAAUAAUGAAUCAUUCAAUGUAAGGAUCGUAAUUAAUUAAAAUAACCAGAAAAAAUAAAGGAGGAGAAUAAACAAGAGGUCAUAGAAAACCUACUAUGAAGGAAGACUUUACUUCUGUUAGUGAAAAAGAAUGGAGAAAUAGGGCAAGAACUUAAAUUGUUUAAAAAACUGAUUAUAAUACUAAUGAUUGGGAAGAAAAUAAAGAAGAUGAAAUUUAAAUGAAAUAAGUAGAAAAAGAUCCAGAAAAUAGAAUAGUUGGUGUAUCUGAUAAUGAUAUUGAUGUUCCAGAAAGUGAUAUCAUGAGUGAAAAAACAAAAAAGAUUAAAGAUUUAGAUAUAUUAAAAUAUAUGAAAUUAACAUUAGACUAUGAAAAGUGUAAUGAUGCAAUUAUUGUUAUGCAGUUUGAAUAAUAUUAUUAAGAAGUUAGAUCUGCACUUAAAGAUAUCUUUUAUCCUAUGACUAUUGUUUACACUUUAUUUAAAGCAUAAAUAUAAUUACUAGAUUCUGGUUAUGAUGGAUUAACUAUUUAUAUUGUUAGAAUGUUUUUGAGUCUAUAUUUAAUUAUACUUUAUUUUAUAACAAGCAGACUCAAAAAAUAUAAUAUGCAUAAUUUAGAUCUUGCUUUAACAGGGUUGUAUUAUGUUAGUGCUUUUCUAACUAUGUUUUUUGUAACUUUUGAUAAUUAAUAAAGAUUUUUAAUUUCAGAUAAUGCAGAAGCAUAUUUUUUUGCAUUUUCAGCUGUUAAUUAAUAGUCAUUAAAAUUUAAAUAUAUGUUUUUCUAUAUUUUAUUACAGUAAGCAGCAUGGUUUGUAUAAUUAUUAUUACAUGAACAUAACAAUUUAUUAGUAUUUAUAGUUUUAUCAACGAUAAUAUUGGUUAUUGUAUCACAUAAUAAUUUUGAAUUAACAAUAAAAAAUUUUAAUAGUGCUGCAAAUGAAAAUUUAAAAAAAGAAUAAAGAGAUUCAUUAUUAACAAAUUUAUUACCAUCUCAUAUUUUGACUAGAUUUUAUUAAAAUAGUAAAAUAAAGUUAGAAUUAUCAGAUGUAUUAAUAGAUGCUACACUUUUAUUUGCAGAUAUAAGUGGAUUUACUGCAUAUUCAGCAAGUGUUCCAGCAGAAUAAGUAGUUAAAAUGUUAAGAUAAUUAAUGACUUCAUUUGAUAAGGAAUGUUUAUAAUAGAAUGUAUAUAAAGUAUAUACAAUUGGUGAUUGUUAUGUUGUAUUGGGUAUAAAUGAUAUGGAGUAAAGACAUCCUGGUUAGGAGGCAAAAAAUGUAUUAGAAAUGGGAUUAGAAAUGGUUGAAAUAAUUAAAAGAGUUAGAAGAGAAAUAAACUUUUUAAAUUUGAAUAUGAGAAUAGGAAUACAUACAGUAAUAAAGAAUUAAUAUUUUAGGGUUAAUUUUAUGGAGGAAUUAUUGGUACUGAUAUUGUAAGAUAUGAUAUAUUUGGUAUUGAUGCUGUUAUAGCCAAUAAGAUGGAAUCAUAAGGAGAACCAGGUAAGGUUAUGGUGAGUGAAGAUACAAGAAGAUUGAUAAAUAUUCAUUUCCCUAAAGAAUAUAAUUUUACAUACAACAAAGAAGUAGAUAUUCCAGUAGCUAAGAAAAAAGUACAAGCAUAUUUUGCAACAAAAGCUGAUGUCUAAAAUCGUUAAGAUAACUCAAGAUAUAUUUGA